CCACCACUGGAUUUAAAUACAUAUUUAUAAAUUGUGUUAUUUCACCCAACACUCUUCCUUCAUUGCAGCACAUUGUCCAGUUAGAGCAAAGUAUAGCCAAACUGACAGCGUCUGAAAUCCAAUACAAAGAGCAGCUGGCAGAUGAGAUCAACACAUUUGAGGAACUUGUUCUUCAGAAGGAAUUUCAUGUAAAGGAGUUGGCUGAAGUGAGAAUUGUAUUUGAACUGAAAGUUCAGGCACUACAGGAAAAGAUUGUAGAGGUGGAUGGUGAGAUGGAGGAGGGCCAGAUAGUGAAUGCCAUCCGCAAGGAGUCUAUUGCUAAGAUGUCUGACAGAUUUAAAGCUCAAAGGAAAGAGGAGGACGACGUCAUGGCUGAACACCUCAAUGUCUCAAGACGCUUAGAAAAGUCCAGACUUAGACUUGAGGAGCGCAUUGCAUCGAUCGCUAAACAUAAAAUUGAGAUCAGAGAAAUGGAUGAAGAGAUCAAACAACUCCAUGAAACCAAUAUAGUUAAUGCAGACCUGUUUGAAAGAAAUGUGGAUGAACUGCAUGGACAGCUCAAUAAAGAAAAGAAGAACAUAGCAAUCUUUGAAGUUGAAAAAGAAGUACUGUGCCAGUCUCUGGAGAAUCUAAAAAAAGAUCAAGUACAGCAUGUGAAAGAGGUCAACUCUAAUAUCGGUUUAACCAGGAGGAGAUAUGAGGAACUGCUUGAAGAGGAGAAGAAACUCAGAGAGCAUGUAUUCAUGGGCGCGUUGAUUGAACAUCUCAGUAACAAGAUUGUUAAGGCAGAGGAGGGGAAUGAACAGAUGACCAUUUCCUACAAUGCCGAGAUCCAACAGUUCAUCACUGAAGCCGAGUCAGUGAUACAGAGCCGACUGGAGAAGGAGGAGGACCUGAAGGGUAAAGAGUCUAUCUUGGAGGAGGUGGAGGCCCAGUUUGAUAUUGACCAGUCCAGGCACCAAAAACUAAAAAACCAUACCUCAGAGUUAAAGAGUAAGAAUAAUCAUCUGGAGCUCGUCAUCCAGGAUAUGAAAGAGAGCACUAGUACUCUUCUCAAACCAAAGGAGGACAUGAAGAGGAGUCUAGAGGGUUUGCGUGAGAAACACAUGGAGCUGCUGACGUCUCACACUGCAGACAUCAUUGCCACGGAGAAGAGCAUCUAUGACAACGGGAUGAUGCUGGAGCAGGUCAAUAUGGAGAACAGUAGACUGCAUGUGCGUAUUGAACAAAUGAAGGAGGACAUAUGGAACACCAGGAAAGACCAGGAAAGACACACAAAGGAGAUUGGGUGGCUGAAAGAGGAGGUUCAUUCUCUAUUUGAGAGCCUGCUUGAUGCUUGGGCAGAGGACACUGUGGUGACUGAGGAAUCUUCAGAGAGAGACCACAAGAUUCUGGAGGCUAUCUACAGACUCAUGACCAAGAUCCACGACAGGAAGUUCCAACUGGGGGAUAUCAACAGUAGACUAGAGGAGGAACUGAAGGGCAUGAGUUCCCUGUUAGCCAGUAAUAAAUCAAACAUUGCACUUAAAGAACAGGGCAACUAAA